GAAAUGGGAAAGGAGAAGAAGGCUCCCUCCGAAGCGUUUUGCUUUCUGAGUGCAAAACCGUAUAUCCCAUUCCAUUGGUAAUCAGGGUUUUCUUAAGCGCCCCCACAUUUCUUCUCCACUACUAUAAGGUUAGGGUUUUCUGUAAACAGAUUUGGAUCGCAGUUUUGUAAAAUUCGUGUGGAGAUUGGAGAAGAACAAUCUAGUGGCUGUUGAAUGCUUAUCUUAUGGCCAGCAAAAGGGAGGCUGAAUGGAUGGGAAGAGCGAGAUCAGAGGGUGCUGUUCCACUUGUUGAUGCAGACACUUGUCAAACUGGCUGGGCUUGUCCACCUGCACACAAGUUCAGGGUCAGAGGCCCAGAUUACUUGUCAACCAAGGUUAAAAUUCCCGCCGGCGGUUGUCUUCUCAAGCCUAUUGGAUUCGAUUGGAUUAAAAGUUCUUCAAAGAUUGCAGACAUCUUGAAACAUCCUAAUAGUCGUGUCAGGAAGGUUAUUGAGGAUGAGUUUCAGACAGGUGAUAAGCCUUUUGUUUGGGCUUUCAAUCUUCAAGUUCCGAGUAAGGAUCACUACAGUGCAGUGGCAUAUUUCACAACAUCAGAGCCUAUCCCCAAGGGGUCUCUGAUGGAUCAGUUUCUGAAAGGUGAUGACGGGUUUAGGAAUUCAAGGCUUAAGUUGAUUGCCAACAUUGUCAAGGGCCCUUGGAUUGUGAGAAAAGCGGUUGGGGAGCAGGCCAUAUGCAUCAUUGGUCGUGCCCUCUCUUGUAACUACAGGAUAUCAGACAGUUAUCUAGAAGUAGAUGUAGACAUUGGAUCUUCCAUGGUUGCAAGUGCAAUAGUUCAUCUAGCAUUUGGUUAUAUCACAACUUUGACUGUAGACCUUGCCUUUCUGAUAGAGAGUCAAACUGAGUCAGAGCUUCCAGAGCAGCUCUUAGGUGCUGUAAGAUUCUCUAACCUAGACCCUGCUGUGGCUAGGCCUGCCGAAUCAUCAUCUGAUAGGAGUCCUGGCAUUUUACAGUCUUCUCUGCCUACCCGACUAUGGAAAUCACUUGGGCAGGGUUUCUCCCAUAUUCUUCAUCCAGGUGCCCAAGAUGGCUCUAGGUCAGGCUCACCACAAGCUAAUGGAACUGGAGAGAAUAAAGUUGACAGUGUUGAAGAGAUUAACGAAUGAUAAAUCAAAUGCUUGUGAUGAUGAUGGAGCUGGGGAUAUUGUAAGAUCUAUGAACUUUCGGACCAUAUUGUGACAAGACUACUUCACUUGGUCUCAUCUGCUUGUGUCUGCUUAUCUCAUGCUGUGUACAUAGGUGGCUGGCUAAUCAUGUCCUAGUUCCCAUUGGCAAGAUGUUAUCGUUCUUCUAAUUUAAUAGGUAAAUGUAAUGUUAUUCAUAAUUUUUUAUUUAUAUCUCAAGACUCAAGAGUAUAUUUAAGAGUGAGGCCUGUGUAGUAAUUUAUGGAACUGUUUUUU